CAUGUUCUCAAAGAACAAACAAAAAUAUUUUAAAAAUUAUUUUAUAAUAAUAAUUUCUGUUUUGUGAAGCCAUUCGCGUGUCCACAGCUGACAGAAGGCAAAGUGUUAACUAGCUAAGCUAUGUCCAACGCAGACAACGCAGAGCUUUCCUGUGCUGGAAAUGAGGACUCUCUGGCCAGCGCACUGCAGGCGGUCUCCCAGCAGGGGGAGUCUCAGGCUGCGGUACUGAAGGAGAAACAGUAUGUUCUCCACUCACUGCAGGCCACCCUGACAGAGACAGUGAAGAGUUAUGAAGAAGUAGCCAAUAAUAUAAAACUGAAGGAGCGACAAAUCAAUAGCAUCACUUGUGAGAUUGAAGAGAUCCGUAGCCACAACGCUGCCCAGACAAUACAAAUACAGGCCAUCUUAAUGGAUAAUAUGAGUUUCAAGCACACCAUCGAAGAACAAGAGGAGAAAUCUCGGUCCUUGCUGACUGAAUACAACACUUACCGCAAUCAAAUGGACAAUUACAAAGUGCGUGUGUCUGAGAUGGAGAGCCAAUCACAUAUUUAUAAGAAGCUGGUGGAGAAGAGGAAAGAGGUGAAGAGACUGAAGCAGGCCAGAGAGGAACUGAGGAUGGAUUUACAGAAUCCUGAGGGAAACGCAGUUCGUCAGGCUCAGAGAGACACUGAUCACAUUAAGGCCAAGAUACUUUCCUUAAAAGAACUUGUGGAAGAAAAAAAGAUGCUUCUUGAGAAGGAGAAAGAGGUACAUUCACAACUGAGAAAAGAUAUAGAGAUUCACAACAGAAGAUGUGAGGCUAUUGUGAAAAGGCUCCGCUGCCAGCUGAACAAGGCUCAGUCCAGCCACAGACAGAUAAGCAGUGACAUUUUUCACAUGGAGAAUGAGGUGGAACAAUUGAAGAACCAGUUAUAAGUAUCUCAUGUAGAAUCAAACAGUGAACCAAACAUGAAUACUACAUGUUGGCAAUGUUUUCUGUCUUAUAACUUCAAUAAUUUAUAUUAUUAUCCAUAAUUCCAUUUAAAGACUUUUUCUAAUAUGUUCUUUUGAGACCAAAUGACCUUUUCUGUGUGCACUGUUAGUGUUUUGAACAGCUGAGGGCAGCAGUUUCAACCAAAUGAAACCUAUAGUUCUUUUUAAGGCACAGUUUUUCUAAAACUGUUUGCAGUUUAAAUGCAGCUUAUUGUCAGACCUUUUCUUUAAAUUUGACCAGAAAAA